GAGUUGAGCAUCACUCGAGGAAUAAAGGACUGAAUUAAAGGGGCCACAGCAGGGCAGACAGACAGAGAGACAGACAAGGGGCCGGCUCAGGAUACAGGGGGAAAACACUAUGAAACUGUCUUACCUGAUUCUGCUGUCAGUGCCGGCUCUGAUUCUAGCACAGAACUAUGAUGAAGAUUUCCUAGAUUCCUAUGGCAACAGCAACAAUUAUGAGCAGCAGUAUUACUAUCAACCGGUGUCUCAACAGAUUUUACAAGCACAGACUUCAGGAGCAGAACAGAGCGUGGUGGAAAUUCAGACGGAGCCCACAGAACCGGGACCGCUGGAGUGUCGUGAGGAGCAGUAUCCCUGCACGAGACUCUAUUCUGUCCAUCAGCCAUGUAAACAGUGUCUUAACAGCAUCUGCUUCUACAGUCUGCGUAGAGUUUAUGUGAUCAAUAAGGAGAUCUGUGUGAGGACCGUCUGCGCCCAUGAGGAGCUGCUGAGAGCGGAUAUGUGUCGCGAUCAGUUUUCCCGCUGUGGUGUAGUUGCACUCAGUGGCCAGUGUGGGGCGAUGAGCAGCAGCUGCGCCAAGAGCUGCGGAUCCUGUUAAACACACACACACACACACACACAAGCCCUGGCACUGCCAAUCAGAUGCUGAUAAACACACUGCACUCAAACUCUUGAGCUUUAUUAGGCCAGAAACAUACUCUACACGCAAACAUGGACGUGUAUCGCAAGUGUCGCAUCCCGUUGAACAUACGUAACAUGCCUUCUUGUGAUUCUGUGGCAGUAAUACACUUCUUACUCCAGGGGGCGACAGAGUUUCCUAAUGUGAUAAUGUCAUCAGUUGACCUGAAAGAGAAAACAGACUAUAGAAGAAGACAGGUUACGCUAAAGCAAUGCUGAGAAUACGUUAGCGUUGGGUUACAAACUGUGCAUGAAUCUGAGCUUAGCUGUAAGUUUGCGUUCAUGUACUUGUGUAGACGAUGUUUCUGGCCAAAUCUUUAAACUUUCCACUGGCCGUCCCUCUGUGGAUUUUCAAAACAUUGGAUGUCCGGGGAAGAGUCAUUCAUAUUAAUGAGUAAAGCGCUACCUGAUGUCUUAGGUUUAGGUUUAGGAGUAGUGUUGGGAAUCAUACAGAAUCGUCCAAUCAGGUAUUGCUUUCCAGAUGAAUGUAAAUGACUCUUUGCUGCCCCUCCUCUUCCUCUUUCUCUCUUCAUAUAUUUCUCUGGCAGCAUCUGAUGUUCCACUGAUGUUUUUGGGCUCAUAUAAACUGAUAUUUACUGUAGGAAUCAUUUUAUUUUGGCCUGUAUGUUGCCUCUGGUGCUAUUGUAUUUGUUACACUGGUGCAGGAGAAACAGAGAUGUCACUAUUAUUACUGCUUCACUGUGUCAUUGUUCAGUGUUGUUGUUUAUUUGUUCAUUGUGUCUCGGGGUGAGUUACACUGAACCCAGACUCAAACCCUCAUAUCUGAUCUCAUGUCAGAGUUAAAGACCUGUGAGCACUGAUCUGUUGUCAAUAAUCAAUAAUCAUCUUCAGCUACUGACCGCAGACCUGCACAGAUGACUCAGUCUGGGUUCAGCUUUAAUAUACUCACCAUUUAUUACUGUAAUACUGGCUGUUACAAAAACUUUCUCAUUAUAUUUGCAAUAUUAAAAUAAACACUUUUGUACUGUAUGUUUGAACAUCACUAUAUGAUCCACUCAUUCUGGGGCAAAAACAUAAAGAACAAGAAGAAUAAGGGUAAAAGUGGAUAUUUCAAGUCAUUUUAAUCAUUACAAUGUAAUAUAUAUGUAUAUAAUAAGUCAUCUUCAUGCAAGUUUGACACAUUAGCCAAAAACAGGGCUGACAAGCACCUACCUCAGUUUCAAACACAAAAACGACAAACUCAGAAAACGUAGAAACAUUGGAUCAAUUAAAAAUGAAUUAGUAAUUUGGGACUUUAAUCCAAAAUACAUCAGUAACGUGCUUCAUAUAGAUCUGAAGAACCGGAUAAUGAGUUAUGAGUUGUUGUUUUAAAAUGUAUAAAAAUAACAAAUAAAUGUAAAGUAUCUUAACAUUUCACCUCACUUCUGUGCAUGUGCUGUAUGGAGUUAUAUUUGUGCCACAAUUC